GAAAGCGAUUCCUUGAAAUAUGUAACCAUUAAUUGAAAAAAUACCCAACAACGUAGAUAUUUGUUUUAUGUGCAUUGCAAAAUUCAUGAACGUUUAUUGAAAAAUAUUUAUAUGAAACCAGAAAGGAAGAUUCAUAAUGUGUAAUAUCAUAUAUUGGUUCAAAUGGAUUAUUUCCCACUUUUAUAUAAAGAUCUUCAGGCGUUCUAUAAAGCGAAGGUUCGAUUCAUUCGAAGUAGACUCCCGAGGGGAUCCCUACAAAUCUGAUUUCUUGCCACAUCCGGAUGAAAAGAUUUUGGAAUCUCCAUUGCCAGAAUCACAGUUACUAAAUACAGCAGACGAAGUAUUCUUUUACGGUGUGAAUUCCAAGUCGGAAUAUCUCAUUACGAGAAUAGUGAGAGGAGUAAAUCAAGAAGCACAAGCCUGGAUAUACCUGAAGUUGAACAAUGGAAAAAUCUAUCGGCUACAAGAGACAUCUGGCUUUCAGCAAACAGGCCGAGAUAAAAAGAUAUUCUCCUGUGGUGGAUUGCAGAUUCAUUAUUUGUUGCCGAUGAGAAGAUGGAGGAUAUUCUUCAAUGGAGUUUUAAAUGAAAUCAAUGAAGAUGGGACACUAUCGAAUAAAAAGGUGCAUGUAAAGUUUGCUUUAAUAUGGACUGCUUCAACAGAUCCUUUUGAUUUUAGAACUGAUGUAAACAGUAAAGCCCUAACAUCAUGUAUAGCUAAGGCUAAAUGGAAUCAAUACAAGCCACCACUACAAAAGUUAUUCAGUGCUCUAGAUUUUUAUGCUCAGUGUGGCGUAAUCAUGGGAACCAUCAGCAUAGAUGGAAAUGAUGAACAGAAUUUAUAUUUAUUUGGAGAGAGAAUUAGGUUUAUGGGUGAUUUGUCUUCUUCAAAAGGAAUGGAAUUUGUUCAUGUUCUGGGGCACAUCUCCAGAAACGGCCGUUUUGUGCAUGUGGUGGAAGUGUCCAUAGAAAAUGUCGUGGAAAAACUUAUCUUUGGGUUUUCUACUUCUUUAACUGGCUGCGUGCGGCUUAUUCAAGACAAUAAUUGUCGUUUAGAAAUGCUGAUUGAUGAAGAGAGAAAUGAAAAAGAUAUUGAAGCUAAAUUUCAUGCAAGAGAUAAACCGUACCAUUUAAAGGGAAGAAUCCCAGCAAGACAACACAAUAUCAAGAAUACUGUUGGUUGGAAUGGACAACUUUCGAUUGACUGUCUUGAUUUUGAAUUGGAUUUAUUGAAAAGAAAAAAUAUCAAGCAUUCGGAAAGUAAAGAAUCAAAUUCAUUAACAGGAGGACAGAUAGGAAAAGGAAUUGUUAUAAAUGGGAAAAUGUUGAAACCAUCAAGAAAGAAUAAUGCUAACAAAUCUUCCCUUACCAGUGAAUCAGGAGAGAAUACCAUGGACAGUUCGUAUAUUCCUUUUGCUUCUCAAGUUAUUCCAUGCAUACUGGUCACACAUUUCUCAGAAAAGACCUGCCAAGACCCAGAAAUAACAGGAGGAAAAGGAUCAUCCUUAGGAAAGCUUACAGAACUAAGUAACGAACUUCAAGGUAAAUUUGUGGUACCAAAAGGAGUUGUUGUUACUACUAGUGCAUACCAAUUAUUCGUCACGGACCACAUCCUGGAGGAAGUUAAGAAUCUGGAAAAUGUUCUUCAUCAGGAUAAAGCUGAAGAAACAAAAGCUGCGUGCCAGAGGUUAAUGGAUGAAGUUAUAAAAACAAAGAUUCCUGAUGAGAUUCGUCAGUCUUUUGUUAUGAAUUUUAUGAAUGCAUUUCCUGAAAGAAAACACGACGAUAAAUUUGCUGUUCGCUCAUCUGCCACUGGAGAAGACACAGAACAGAUGUCAGCAGCAGGACAAAUGGAAAGUUAUCUUGGGAUAGCUGGCAUUAGUGAGAUUAUGGCUGCUAUUAAGAAAUGCUGGGCAUCUCAAUUCAGUUAUAUUGCAGUGCAGUAUAAAAGGCAGAAUGGUCAAAUGAUAAAUUCUCCGAUGGCUGUCGUUGUUCAACAAAUGAUUCCAUGCGAUGUUGCUGGAGUUCUUUUUACAUGCGAUCCUCUAACAGGAAGUCCAACAACCAUGAGCAUUACUGCCAACUAUGGACUAGGUGAGUCUGUGGUGUCUGGAUCAGAAGAACCGGAUACAAUUGAGAUUGAAAGGCUGGAUGAGAAUAACUUGAUUAUAAAGAACAAAAUCAUUGGAUCGAAAGGACAUAAAAUUAUUUUGAAAGAUGAUGGCGGUACUGAUAUUGAAGAUGUUCCGGAAUACGAAAAGCAGUCCUGUUGCUUAUCAGAUAAUAUGGCUCUGUUUCUAGGUCAAAUAGCCAUAAAGAUUGAAAAAACCUUCGGAUCCUACAGAGAUAUAGAAUGGGGCUUUUGGAACAAUAAUUUGUAUAUAUUUCAAUCUCGACCUGUUACAAGCGGUACCGGAGAAACGAAUUUUGAAAUCGAUCAUGAAUUCGAUGCUCCUCUGCGUUGUGAAGAUGAAUAUUUCGCCAUGUGUAAUGUUGGAGAGGUACUUCCUGGAGCUACAUCACCUUUAGGCUUAGAUCUUACUCUGAAGUAUUUCAAAACAGUUUUACAGAGUAAAAGAUAUAGCAGCUGGGGCUCAUUGGAUGUAUCGAGAUACUUUCCUAAAGGAAUAGUUUCUAUGUACCGCCACGUAAUGUUCACUGGUAUUGAUCUCUUUCCUCAAGCAUAUGAGAGUCCCACCCAAGCAGAAAUAAGUGGCGUAGCACUCUUUGGAAGAAUAAUAGACGACGAUGAUCUUUAUGAACUGGCAAAGGAAAGAUUUAGUGAUGAACCAGUGAAACUUUUCACGAAUGGGUUGUACAUAAAAUUAUUUUACAGGAUGAUUUAUGGUGCCAAAGCGAAGCUAAAACGACUUUAUAAAAAUUAUAGAGGAUACACUUUGUCUUCUACUAAAUUCAACAACUCUCAAGAGUUAUUCGAUCAUCUGAUAUCCUGUUGUACCGGCAUGAGCACGCCAAUGGGAACACAUAUUGUUUGUUCUGAAGCUUCAUGCUGUUUGAAUUUGAUAAUAUUUAAUAUUUUACAAAAAGCAGUUGGAGAAAUCAAUACCGACGUUUACAGUGAUUUUUCUCAACUAGUGACCACAUCCAGUGGAGUGGAGAGUGCAGAUGUCCCUGCUGCAAUGGAGCGACUAGCGUACUUCAUUUUAAAAGAAAAAUCCCCAGAAGACUUCAAAAGUAUGAAGACGGAGGCAAUCAUACUGACUUUCUACAUUUUUAUGAAUUUCCAGGAAGCCCUGCGAUGGUUAGAGACAUCAUCAACAACUGCGGGUGAGAGGUAUCGGGAUUUUUUGAUAAAGCACGGCCAUCGAUGUUUCAGAGAAAUGGAUAUCCAUUCCUUAACUUGGAAAACGGAUCCGCAAUCCCUUGUGAAGUUAUUACAGAAUUUAGUUGGAAACAUUACAGAAGAUAAAGUUGAGAAAAAAGAAGAAGACUUUGAAAAAUUGAUUUCAGGAUUGAAAAGUCCAAUGACUUCCAGCAGCAAAUUCGCUUUAAGAAUGUUUCUUCCCCUAUGCCGAAAAGCUGUGAAAAAUAGAGAAUGGUCGAAGUCCAUCAUUAUGCGAGUCUUGAACGAGUGGCGAAAAGGAUACAGACGACUCGCCAAGCUGAUGGUUCAGGAAGGUCGCAUUCCCGAUGAAGACCUGCUCUUUUUCAUGAAUUUGGAAGAAAUAAAGGAGUUACUAGAGACGAGAUCACCGAAAAUCAUUUCGAAGGCUAUCCAUAGGCGAAGACGGCAACCAAUUAUUGAUAAGUAUAUUUUUCCAGAAAUAAAUAAAGGUUUUCCGGUACCGAUCAAUGCGGAGAAGAAAAUUGAAGUGAAUACUGAUGAUAAUUUCUCUAUGAAAGGCAUACCUGUUAGUCAAGGAAUAACCACUGGUGUAGUUCGGGUAGCUCUGGAUUUAGAAGAAGCAUCACUUUUAAAGCCAGGGGAAAUACUUUUGACUUACAGCACUGACAUAGGGUGGUCGCCCUAUUUCCCUUUCUUAGGGGGCGUUGUCACUGAACUCGGAGGUCUUAUAUCGCAUGGUGCAGUGGUAAGUCGUGAAUAUGGUCUUCCAUGCAUUGCAGGGUUACACGGAGCAACGCAAUUGUUUAAAACAGGUGAUUAUGUAGUAUUGGAUGGAAACAAAGGAAUUUUACAAAGGCUACCUAAGUCGGCAGAUUCAUGAAAAUUCAUCGUUAAUUUAUCUUCAUAUUUUUCUUUGCACAAUAAAUAAUUUAUGUGGCAGCUAAUAACGCCAUCAUUAUUUUCGAAAAGAAACUUUCAUGUGAUAAUCUAAUCACGUUUAUUAACAAUUCAGGUAGCGCUUUU